AGCAAAUAUUUUUGAACUGGAAUAUUCUUCAAAUACAGAACUAUAUUUAAAUAAUCAUUUCUUCGAUAACAAAUCAUUAUUUGUCAUAAAAACGGACUUACAAACGCAUUUACCAGAAUGUAUUACCAAAAAUGAAGUUCCUAAAGCAAGCUUGAAGAAAAUUGGUCAACAUUCCACAAUUAAAAGGAUAUUAAAAAUUGAUCACACAGCGGAAAAUCGUACUAACUCCCCCGAUUUCGAAAAAAACGCAUUCACUAAUUUGAUAGUUUUUUCAAUAAACGAUGAUUCUAGGAAAUCCCUGAAAAAUCGAAGUGGCGGAGAAAAAUUAGGAUUCGGGGCGCAGAAAAUAUCGCGACUCAGCAUAGAUGAUGAACAAUCGAAGGGCGUGGAAAAGGAGUUUCCCCGGGGAAAUAUGUCGUAUGGGUUCGGUAUCGGGACAAAUGAAUCAUGGAGCUGUGUCGUCACAACCGUAGCCGCGAAAGAAAGAGAGAUUGAGGCAAACGGAACGCAAAACCGCGAGCCGAUACCCGGUGUCAUCAAAAUAUUUGAGCCUCGAGGGCGUCUAUAUCAAAAGCAGGAGGCAGAGACAACGGCGAGAUUGUCUCGGCAAAUGGGAAAAGACGGUACGUCCGUGGCGAAGAUAAAGACGAACGAAGAUAAAGUCGACGAAUCAAGAAAUACAAAUGCAAGGGAAGACUCUUUGACUUCGCUGAUUGAUUCUGUCACCAAUGCGACAAUGAAACCGGAAACCGUAUAUAUAAAUACAUCUGAGACUGAUGAAUCGAUAAUACUGAAAGAUCUCACUUCGGUGACUGUAGACAACGAUUUGCGAAAGCAGCAACAGAUGGUUCCGCCUCUAAGUGUCGAGAAUAGGAACGCAAAUAAAUCGAAUGGAAAUUUGGAUACUGAUAAAAUCGAUAUUCGUGUUCUCGGGUCAAACGGAAAUGAGACUAUGAAUGUAAAGGAAGGUACUCGAACUAUAAUGGAAGCUCGCGAAUAUCACAAAUCCGAUAAUAAUUUACAGAGGAAAUUAUUAUGGAUUUCUACGAUUUCAGUCGAUGGCGAAAUUGGAGAUUCAUCGAUAAAGAACAUGGUAUCAGUUUUUAGUACUACGACUGAGAGUCAUAUUGAAAAUGUGAAUGAGAAUCGACAGCAAAAUAAAAUAACCGAUUCUGCAAACUUGGGAAAAAUAUUGACUAGAACUAAACGCGAAGAUAAAGCUGAAGAAAGUCGUAUUCAGGAUGCUUUAAAUUCUCAGAUUGCGGAAACAAAUCAUAACGCUCGUUACAAACAAUCUGUAUAUCCUUAUAAAAAUAUUGACACCAAUAAUGAAGCAGAAAAUACAGCAGAAAAAGAAGCGGCGAUAAAUUACGAUGAGAAUAAUGAAGAAUAUCAAAAUCAGAAUGUUGAAGAACUUAAAGGGCUCUAUAAUGACAGAGAAGAAGAUGUACUUGAAGACGUAUUUACAGAUAAUGAUAAAGGAAUGGAAAGAAGAGAGGAACAAUCUUCAUUUAGACAGCAAAUCGAUCCUGUAAGAGCUAAAGUUGAUAUGUUGAUUAAGCAAAAGCUUGAUAAGAAAAAACACAAAGACAGUAGAAAUGAUAGAAGAAAGAGACAUAGUAUGUUAGACAUGGUCGAGUAUUACGAUUAUGAUGAUGACGAAGAACAAGAACGCGAUCCUUCAUUAAACGAGCAGGAAGCUGUAAAUAAAGAUAAUAAAUUUUCAAUUAAUGCGAAAAUAAAGCGCGCUGGCAAAUCAUCAUGUAAGUCAGAUGACUUAGGGAAAAAGAAGAAUGAAAACGCUGAGACGGUAAUGAAAGAAGAACUCAGAAAAGCAAAAGCAAAGAACAAAGAGCCAAAAGAAGAAAUCGUCGUUGAUCUUGGUGAACGUAAGAAUAAGACUACGAAGAAAGAUCAAAGUGAUAGAAAGCCCCUCAGUUCGUUAGGAUCUAGUUUCGAGAACGUGUUCAAUGAGGAAAGACAAUUAUUGUCUAAGGGAAACUCGGAGAAAAUUCGCCAAAGCAAAGAUUUUGCGAAUAAUGUUUAUCAAGAAUCAGAUGCCGCGAAAUCAAAAUGAUGUCUGAUAGGUUGGACCAAUCGUUUGAGGAUAGAAGCGCAUCAUCGAAAAAGAAUUCAGAGUUAUUAUUAGAAGAC